AUUACCAAGCUGCGGCGGUCCGCCUUACGGACAGUUAGCGCACGCCUGAAGCGCAGCAUACACAAGGGACACAUUCCAGAGCAUAGCUUUCACAAUCCUAGCGCCGCAAAUCCAGCUAUACAGCCCUAGCGCAGCAAUUCCAGCUAUACAGCAUGGCAGCGCCACCAGUGGAGGGCCUCAAGCUCCAAACCAAGACAACCCUAAAACGCGUCGACGAGUUGGUGCAUGAGUACGAAACGACGAAUGGAUCUGGUCGGUUACGAGACACACUACGCGGUUCGACACUCGUCUUCGCGCCGCCGCCGCAAAAGACAACGAGCGAGGCCGUCGCGCGGCGGCGGAACAUACUACAAGCGCGCGCCGAGCGAAGAGCCUACGACAAGAUGGUCGAGUCCGUCGCGCCUAGACCAAUUCGACCGGAAGAACGCGUCGCGACGUCGCUCAAACACUCUUUCACGGUGUCCGCGAACAUGGUCAUGACGCCGGUCGGCGUCGGCGCCGUCGGCUACCGCCUCGCGAAGCACAAGGUGCCGGAGAAGCACCGGAUCGUCGUGGCGCUCGUGUGCGGCAUCGGCAUGCUCUUCGUCGAGAUGAUCCUGUUCCUCGCGCGGACCUACUCCGUCGAAGCGCAUACGGCGAAGCGCGAGCGGCGCGCGGCGGCGGGGCGCUUCGGGCCGGCGGGGCUCCGCGAGGCGACGAGGCUCGACGGCGUCGCGCCGAAGCUGGACUGAACUCACCCCGUGUCCUGGGGCGCGGGCGGCGACCAACCCGAGGCGCAAAUCGCGACGCGGGACGGCCUCGUUGGCAUCACGCCGUCGACGACGCGACGCCGCCUCUGUAAUGUCUGUA